AUGGGGUUAACGAGUAAAACCGGACUGACGGCUAGUCCUACAAAAAAGGUUGCGAGAACUGAGAAGACGAAAACUGUUCAAUUAAGGGCUAUCGCAAAGCCGGCACCUUUCAUAUUGAAACGUUUCGCUGGACUCUACAAUCCUUAUCCGUACGGGUGUUCGCUGUUGUGUAACCACCCUAUCGAUAACGAAGCAAAGGAGUUACUACGAAAAGCGAAAGACAACUGGGGAGUUGAAGGCAAGAACGUCCUGUUGGCGGAAGAAAUCGAAGCUAUAAGAGAAACUUUAAGACAAAUUAGUACCAACGAACCUACAUUUGUACAAACGAAUAUCAUUCUUCCACAAGUGGAAAGCGUUCCCGAAGAAUUGUUCAGAAGGUACACCGAAACAGAUUCUAGACCACUGACGCCAGCCCCGACUUUAGCUAGUGCAGCAACGAAAGCGACCAGUUCAAGAAGAUGUGUAACACCUGAUCUGAUACCUACUUGCAACAUCAGAGAAAAAACUUUACUCGUGCUAGAUUUAAGGCGAAGCCAUAGCCAGGAAACUUUGUCAUAUUACGCCAGUUCGUCCGCCCACGAACCCCCCUUAAUUCGUAUCCAGCACGUUCACACCAGAGCGGAAAGUUUGGAGGAAAAAACUGCCGAAGAAGUUCAAACUUUGACUAAAAGCUUGAGUACUCCUGCCAUUUUCAAGAGGCCUAAAAGUGGUAGAAAGUCGGUAAACGAAGAACAUACUGAAGAUGUCAACGAAAAAGACCAAGAAGAUCAAGAGGAGGGGGAUGAAGAAGAGUUUAUAAAAAGGCGAGGCAAGAAAAGACGUAAAAAAGGAAGGGAUUCUUCGAGGGGCCCUCCAGCGUUUCAAGCAUCGUUAGAUCCUGAAACACAGAUGGCGACUAUAGGCCUGGAUUCCCACAAUCCCAGCGCCCGUCCUUCUUUAAUACCAGGAGGUUCAUUGCUGGACACUGGUGAGGUACCAGAGAGAAAGAAAAGCAUACUGAAACCUUCCGUCAGCCUAGACAUUGACUCGUACCUAGACACCGAAAUUCUCAAACAACUGAGAAGAGAACUAAACGAAGAAAUUGUCGACAAUGAAUUAAAUAACAAUAGACGGAAGGCGUUACAAGAAGCCUUACGGACGGUCACUAAAGAUAAACCGGCAUGUGAAGAGCUCGUGGCUCUUCAGAAGGAGUUGCGGGUGCCACCAGUAAACGCUGACCUGUGGAUAUCGCUUCCCAGGGCUUUCUCUAGGUCCAGCGCGAGAUUCGAGCUACCUAUGGACAGUCGAUCGCUUAAUACUAUGACGCCUUUGGAUUAUGUGAGGGAAAACAUUAGUAUUACCUCGGCAAGGAAGUUGCUGUACAAUUGCAUUUUCAAUAAAUUUAAAAUGGAAGUCGAGGGUGGCGGAGAAUACGAGCGUAAAGUCUCGGGAGAGAAGUUACAAGAAUGUCUGGAUCUUCUAAUGGGAAGGCCCCUGUCUGAGAAGCAAUCGCGCUAUUUCAGAAAACUUGUAGGUUGGAAGGAAAGCGAUAUUUUCGACUUUAAGACUUGCUGCGGAAUCUUUGCACUCUGCGAGAGACUAUUAGCGCCUCAGUUUUAUCCGCAGCUGCCAGACAGAAAAACAGACCCUUGUCAUGAGGUCGAAUUAGCGGAUUUUGAGGUACUAUCGAGAAAACUACAUGGACAAAAGGUGGACGAGAGACUUAUAGAAAUUUUAAAUGGUAUAAAAACCUUAUAA